GCCGUUUUGAGGGAGAUACGAGACGACUGUAAGGCUGGCUUGCAGAGGACCGGGGCGGGGCAGCCCCAGGUCUUCCUGCUCUCCUGCUUCCAGCCGCAGAGCUUUGACUUCGGCCUGCUGCACGAGACCCUGGAGAGGGAGCUGGAGGAUCAUAAGAGGCACAUCUUCCUGCUGGGGCUGCCCAACCUCACCGCUGCCUUGCUGGAGAGGAAGCAGCAGGCGCUGGCCGGGAGCGUGUGGCAGACGGCGAUGGCGGCUUGUCUGAGUGCUGCGACACCAGGGGGGCGCUGUUCACAGCAGCGUGCCCAUGCUUAUGAGCACCCUGCAGUCCUUCCAGCGUAGCUUCGGCUUGGACACCAACUCCCUGCUCCGGUUGGCCAACAUGACGGGAAAAUCCUAUCAGGAGCUCUACGGAGAGGUGCGCUCCACCUCCGGCAGGGAGCUCUCAAUGCAGACUGUGGAGGGCAUGCUGUCCCAGGUGGCAUUGGGCCAGCAGGUCCUGUCGGGUCUGCUGGAGAGUCGGAUCCCGGUGCUGGGCAACAUCAUCUCAGGGGGCGUCUCCUUCAUGGCCUCGUACAGCCUACUGAAGUCUGCCAUCAAGGACCUGCGUGAGGACGCCGAGAGAGUGAUGCACAGAGCUCUGGUUGGGGCAGACGACACCCGAGAGGACGUUCCGGAUCCAGGAUAUUUUUAUGCGGACUAAGGGAGCCAAAUGUGACCCCGGGGAUUUGGCUGGGUGAUGCUGGGAGGGGAAACCUACAGAGGACUAUGUAUUAAAACUGCUAAUGGCAUGCGGAUUGAAUUAGCCCUGCACAUUGUUGUACAGCAAUAAAUGAUCAUGAACACAGACAUUUUCCAGCGUCGACUUUGUCUUUGGUCAUCCGGCAUUUGAUGUCACUGAGGCAGUUAAAAAGUGUUUUCAAAGAGACUUUUGUUGUUUGGCUUCAGUGUUACAUGCUGUACAUACAGUAGUACAUGUAGUCCAACCACUUUCACUGGUCUUUUCUUUUCUGACUGGCCCGUGGAACCAGUUCUGUCAGCAAAGGGUCAAAGCAAGAAUGUGGCUUUUGUAUCUGUUUCCUCUUGUGAUGUCAUUGUGGAUAGGGCUGUCAGACUACUGGAGUAGGGAAAAAACUUUUCUUAAUUGUAAAAAAAAAAAAGGAAAAAAGAUCAAUACAAGUACAAUAGUGCUAAGACAGGCUGCCGAACUGAAACUGAACUGUUUAGUCUCCAAAAGCCAGAGAAAAGAGGUGGGUCUUCAGAUGGGAUUUAAGUGUUGGAAUAGUGGAGGCAGUUCUGACAUGGAGUGACAGAGCGUUCCACAGCUUCGGGGCAGCCACUGAAAAGUUUAAGCCACAAACGUGGAACUGAUGAGAGUAGUUGGGUAGAGGAUCUGAGCAAUCUGGAGCUGGAGCAUAUAAAGUGCUCACUGAGUGUAUAAGAAUAAAAACAACAAGACUCUCAAUGCCAGUGCGUAGGCUAGUAUGGAAUGAUAAUGAAUUAUUUCACUUUGGCAAUGAGGUUCAAACCGAUCUUUCAUUACUUUAUGAAACAAAUAUUUUCAGGAAAUCUAACGGUCAAACGCAUCAAUCCGGUGCACUUUGGAAGGCUUCACAUUCGGGAUACAGAUAGCUUUACUCAUUGUUCCUGGAAAUACUAUUUAAACCAUUGUAACCUUAUUCUGGGGGUGUC